AUGAAACUCGGCUGGGGGCAGUGUAGCUUUGUGGAAGUGAAUUUUAUCAUAUCGCCGGUGAUGGACGAGUUUCAAUUUACUCUCAACGAUUUAUCGCACGCCGCAAGUCAGAAUGGUAAAAUGGAUCGAACCGUGCUACAAUUCAUCGACAUUGCCACAUCGCAGAAUGUGCUCAUGAAUCUCGACCGGAACUUUUCGUUUCGUAGCGGAACCUCAUAUCUGAAAUAUCCAGAAGAUGAGGGAUACAGCGAGAAAUCAUUCCCACGCAUCGGUGAAGGAAAAUUGGUUGCGAUUGGGGCGCAUAAGGCGGCAUGCGUGCUGGAAGGGCCGGGCGGUCCAGGUGCGACAAGUGUUGGUGUUAUCAUCGACACAGCAAAAACCGCAUUUCACAAAGAACAGAACGUGAUGAAGAAAGUUCUGGAAAUAUUUCCACAUUUCUUGGACUGCCAAGCAGAUUUGCGUGAUGUACAACAGCUACGGAAACAUAUCGGAGGUAUGUGGGCAUCCAUUUUAGAGAGUUUGCCUUUAUUGUUGUACAUACUAGACCAUGGUGCUGCACAAAGUGUUCGCAAAGUAUUUCUCAAAAUUAAAGCUUUUAAUGCGAAUUGA